AUGACAACACUCCAAACCGAUUCGUCGCUACAACGGGCAGCAAGUUCUGCUUAAACGCCUCAGUCCCAGUCCGAACGUCAACGUUGCUGCGGUAGAAGAAAUGGCGUUUGAGAUCCAACAACGAGCGCAUGUUAGGCAUCAAAACCUGGUGCAUUUCAUGGGCGCUGGCUGGACUUCAGUCCACGACUUAGGCAUGGCCGUUGAGUAUCUGCCCUUGGGAUCUGUACGAACAUAUCUGGGCCAAAACAGGUCGAGCUUGCACACUUGGACGCCCCAGAAAACAGUCAUCACUGGAGGAAUCGCUCGCGCGCUCGCUUAUCUACACGCGCAGAACUAUAUCCACCAGGCUAUCUGCGCCAAGAAUGUGCUACUCACAGACAGGCUGGAAGCGAAGUUGGCAAGUUGCGGAUCAAAAGAGACGAGUCCAACGAUAGAGAACUCUCGUCAGGCCUUGUGGAUGGCGCCUGAAGUGCUCAAUGGUGCUCCUAACUCACCUGCAGCCGACAUUUAUGCGUUCGGAGUGCUGCUCACCGAGCUGACACGUGCGAGGUGCCUUACUUUGACGCUCGAUCAAAGGGCGGGGAUGACAUGGAGUUAUCUGAGAUUUUAGCGUUGGUGAAGGACGGACGACUGCGGCCAAGCUUCAGUGCUGAAUGUCCGCAAUUCAUCCGUCACCUUGGCGAAGCGUGCUGUCAACAAGAGCCCUCAAAUCGUCUCACUGCGCAACAGAUCGUACAGCUCCUACAAAAACGUAAAAAUCAAAGGGAAAACCUUCUGUUC